GAGGAGGGGAAACUCAACAGUUCCCUAACACCUACUUGAUAUUCCAGGGAAUUAACAGAAUGUGCGUGAUUUCCCCCCUCCUACUUGGGAAAUAGUAUUUUGGAAUUUCCUGCACCUACCACUCCUCAGGAGUUUUGUCAGUGAAUGGUGAGGCAACAAAAAGGAUCUAUUCCCUCUUCUGUUUGGCUGCACAUACAUCCCUAUAUUAAUUAACCAGCACUCAAACAAUGCUAUAAAAUCAGCUAACUAGAGUAGGUAAGAGGGAAAUCCCCAUAAUUGCAAAGCGGAACAAACGCCCUUAGGUGAACUGCCAGAGAUCUCGAGCAGGUGUUAUAAAUAAGCUGACUGAAGCUAGUUCAUUCACAUCUGAAGUCAGAUUCUUUUGAUGCACAUAAGCAGCAGCGUGAUCAUGAUGACUGGCUUCAACAUGAAGAAUGUGCUCUUAGCUGUUCUGGUGGGUCUGCUGCUACUCUUGGGAAUGUGUGAAGGUAAGUGGUGUUUCUGGAUACCUCUUGCUCCAGGACUCCUUGUGAUGCUGAAGUAUGUGCCCUGAAAAUUAAGAUGAAAGAUAGGAGGAUUCCCAAUGGCUUAAAAAGAAAGAAGGGAAGGAAGGAAGGAAAGAAAGAAGGAAAGACAGACUAGUCCGGAAUAGUGUACUUCAACCUUGUGUUUCCAUCUGCUGUUGGAAUACUUUUCCCAUCUUCCCUGACCACUGGCUAAACUGGUUUAGGAUGAUGGAUGUUGUACUAGUUCACCAACUUUUGGGCACUCAACAAUGAAGAAUAGUCUAGAACAUUAUUGGAAAUGCUUGCUAUCUGAUAGCAAACUGAUCCAAAAUAUGUGCACUAGGAAAGGCAGUGAUAGAGAUGAAAAUGUUACUUUGUGCCUAAUUUAAUAUAUAUUUUUUUGUAAUCUGCCCUGGGACCUGCUGGUAAAGCCCAAAUAAUGAAUUAAAUUAAUUAAUCAAUGUAUAUUUUUUCUUCCUCACUCCAGCCCAAAGCAACCAAGAUUGCUGUCUUUCCUAUACCAAGACGCCUCUUCCUCGCCGGAUUAUCAAAGGAUUCACAGAACAGCUUUCCAGUGAAGUCUGUGACAUCAAUGCUGUCAUGUGAGUUGACAAAAUGAAACAAUUACUUGUAUCAAUGAAGGAUGAUGCCCAACCAUCCAGGAGUUUAGCUCAAAAAAGUUUUCCAAAAUGCUUCAAAUACUGUGUUUCCAGCAGCCACAAUGAAACAUUAUUUUGAUCCCAUAGUUCUCAAUCCCUGUAGAACUUGAGAAACCUAAGAUGGUACAAAAAUUGGCAUUUCUCAUAACCCAGGUCAGAGCUUGUAGCUGAGCUAUUUUUAGUAUCUCUUUAUUUUUGAUAUCAGUAUUUUUGCUUUCUUAUCCGUAGUGUACACAACUUUAGUUACACUGUACAUAACUUCAGUUGUUGUCGCUUAGUAGCUUUUAAGCCUUUCCAGUUGAAUGCAACUGAAAACAGUCAAGCAACAAAGCUUGCAGGAGAAUCUCAGGGGAGCAUUCCUGUCCAUGCAAAGUGCACUAAAAUUUCAUGCUGUCACUAACAAUGCAUGACACAACUCCAUUCCUCUUCACCUCCCCUAUUUUUUGUGCAUUCGUUGGUUUCAGGAGGAUCUCUUUCCACCUUAGUUUGUACACACACAAAAAAUGCCGACAGCUUCAAUCCAUACUAUGGUGAUUGACUGCCAUGUAUAGGCUCUGUAUGCAGCAAACCCAGUGCUACACAUUGGGCUGAGAAAGGACCCCCACAACAGCAUGCUGAUUUUGUCAUCUUAGAAGAUGUGACCUUUCUGCUUUAUUCUGCUGACUGUAACUGUUUAUGUUAUUUUAAAACUGAUAAUAAUUUUUGCUCUUUCUAGAUUUCACACUAAGGGUGGCUUGAAAGCUUGCGCAAAUCCCAGAGAACCUUGGGUGAAGAAACAGCUCCGCUUGUUGAGGUCAGUAGGAGGAAGGAAUUGGUUGCCCUGGCAAAGCAAAUAAUAGGAUCCUCUAGCUGCCCUGUAUCUAUAACAGUGCAAUCCUAAAUUUGCCUGUCAGAAUAGUAACUAUGGGAGGUUUCUAUAAUAUCACAGUUGUGCUUAAGGAUGGUGAGCCACACUGUGAAAAUGAAACAUUUCAUUCUUCACUUCUCCAAUAGGAAGGAACAGCAGCUUAAGGCUGGAAUCCUGUGCACACUUGCCUGGGAGUAAGUCUGAGAGGGACUAACUUCUGACAGGCAAACCUAGGAUUGCACUGUUAUAGAUAUAGGGCAGCUAGAGGAUCCUAUCAUGUCAUAUGAUGUUAGACUCCAACUGUCUUCAGCUUCAGCCAGUAUAGUCAAUGGUGAGGGAAGCUGAGGGGUCUCCACCACUAAUAUCUAGAAGACACAGGUUCUUCAGUUUUGGUAUAUAAGACAGGAGAGCUGUAUGGAAGCAAGGAAAAUUUUAGCUUACCUAUUUAUUCUUUCUCUUUUUUUUUACAGUAAAAAACUCAAUAAGAUGUCACACUUUCCUUUUUGAAAUGAAACAAGAGGCAGAGCCUGGUAAAAAAAAACCAAACUAGGUUGAAAUCAUACUUCUGGACACUGUUGUGUGCUUGCUGACCACUAAUCCCUGGAUUUUCUGGAAGCAUAAAAACUGAUUCAUAUUGUAUCAAGUAUUUUUUUGAAUGGAGCACACCAUCCAAGAUGCUUUGUUUGCUUAUGCUGGUUCACAUUUUGUGAUUAACUGAUAAAUAAGUGUGUGUGUGUGUGUGUGUGUGUGUGUGUGUGUGUCUGUCUAAUGUUCCUCACUGGGUCAAGUUCACAAGUCUGUCAUAUGAUGUAGAUGGUAAUGAUCACUGUCAUUGGCAAAAGGCUGCUGCUAUCAGGUGUACUACUCAUUUGCAAUAUUUAUUUUAUAAAAUUUAUAUACUGCUUGAUUAUAAAAAGAACUCUACAAAACUUUAAA